AUGAACGAAAGUUGUAUCAAAGACGAACCAGACACGAAGAAGGAAGAGGCGAUAUUAAAGCAAUCAAUUUUAGCACAGAGUAAGGAAGAUUCAGAAAUCACAGAGACACUGCCAGAAGGAGCUGUAAUUACAGCAUCGUACGAAGAGAAUGCUGCUGCAACCUCGCUACCAGCCAUAAAGAUGGAACCCUCAGAGAAACCUUCAGUCGAAGAAAUGGCGAAAAAUUUACAAGUUACUCACGACAAUGACAUUGAGAUAGAUGGAGAAACCGAUGAAGAAGAUGAGCUUUAUUCUGAAUAUGAGGAUUCUGAUACGGAACAACAAGCAUUUGUGAGAGGACGAGGUCGGAAAGCUGAUACCAGGCAAUCAAGUACAUCAACGGAAAUUUCACCGCAACAUUUGAGGACAAAGUCUAUCAACAGUUCACAAUACAACGAAGUUACUGACGUUACGAAUAACAAGCGUAAACCUAAAAAGCAAAAGACUCGGGAAGUCAAGGCGCAAACAAUUUAUAGAUGUGAUCGAUGCGGUAAAACUUAUCAUUAUAAAAAAGGAUACCAAACACACAUGAGCAAAGUGCAUGAACAAGCAAUGCCAGCGACCGUAUCCGCAAGAAGAUCAAAGAGAUUUGAGUCUAAAGCUACUAAGAUUAUUGCCAAUAAUACUAGCACAUCAAGUGCAAUAGUAAACCCAUAUGAUCGAUGCCAGCUCUGCGCUCAACCUUUUUUUAAUCGACUUGAUUAUAGCGAGCACAUGGAACAAGUUCAUCAAGUCGCACCAGACUUAUUUCGAUCAGCUAUAAACGCAGAUAACACGAGCAGCAAUAGUAAUAAUGACGUUACGGAUGCAAGUAAUUCUGCAAUUCUGUUUUGUGACAAUUGUCAACAAAGCUUUACGACUAUGAAUGAAUAUACAACUCACCUUGAAGUUGAGCAUAGUAUUGUGACAUCGUCACGCGCACCAAAAACCAAGACUAGAACUGAUAAAUCUCUUUCCAGAAAACGUAACAGUACUGUCACUUCUUACAAUGAUUACAAGUUUGAAAAAAGUAUACCCGAAAUACAAUGCCGUUUCUGCCUUACCACAGGUUAUAAUAGUACUACCUACCGCGAGCACUUACAGGCAGCUCAUAUGUCAAACUUAUUACCUAUGGUUAAUACUUUACUUACGAACGCCAACUUAUUCCAUAAUAUAUUACCAUCGUGUGAGGAAUGUGAUGUAACCCUUUACGAUAAUUUGCAAGACUGUCUUGCGCAUUUUAGACAAGUGCACAAAAUAGAAUAUGUACUCGGUCAAGGAUUUGUUUAUCGUAAAGAUGAUCUUAUUGAAAGUUUGAGGAAUGGAGCAUCAACCUCGAAGAUACAUUCAUAAGAUAAUGGCAGAUACUAUCGUCUAUAGUUCCUUUGGUAAAAUAAAUCUUGCUUAACUGGAUAUAGCACUAUCUGUUCACACAAUUACCAUAUUUCGAAAGAAUAACUG